GCGUCGGAAGAAGAAGCUGCCGAUCAUCAUUUCACGCUUCGUUCCAUCCCCAUAUAAAAACGUCCAAGGUCUCUUCCAAACGCUUUAUUAACUUCCUUACCGGCAAACGGUCAAGUUCAGCAUCUUCAUCUUCUCUAUCUUCUUCUCAUUUUGGGACUUAACUCUUCAUCAGUUGUUUGAAUUUGUUUCUGUGGAUGAUUGAAAGAAACUGACUUUGAGUUUUAAUUCUGUUCAUAGUUUUGACUUUGGGAGAUAUUUGGAACUGAAUUUCAUAGCAAGAUAUUUGUGAUUAUCUUAUUAAAGAAAUUCUCGCCGGAGGUCAUUACUCCGAAAAAAAUAAGGGUGACUAUAGACUAGAGAAAAUUGUACGAUCCCAUCUAGUCAGACUGAAAAACAUGGGAAAAUUAACGCCGAUUAUAAUAGGAAUUCUAAUAAUUUUAACUGCACAUCUAAGUGAAGGUAAAGUAUCGUUUGAAAAAUUAACAAAUCAAGAUUACAGUGGAACUGUUUAUUACACUGUGUGGAACGUCUCACUGUAUGAGUGCCUGGGAUGGUGCAGAGAAGAAACAGAAUGCGCGGCAGCUGCUUUCAGUUUCGUGGUCAAUCCUUUAACACCCACUCAGGAGACAACGUGUCAACUGCAAAAUGAAACUCAAGCCACUAGACCCAAUGCAGUAUCACAGAGAAGUGUCAACACUUAUUUCAUGGUGAAACUGAAUCUACGUUCGGUUCUUCUCUCAACAGAGAGUGUAUGUAACAGACUAUGGUCUUUCGAACGUGUCCCCAACCAGAGUCUCCGGGGUCUGGAGAAUGCAAUCAUAUUCACAUCCAAUAAGGAAGCUUGCCUCUCCGCUUGCCUGGCUGAAGUUCGAUUUGUGUGUCGCUCUGUGGAAUUCAACUACCUCACCAAGGAAUGUAGAUUGAGUGAGUUUGAUCGAAGAUCUCCAGGAGUCUACGUCCAUAUGGUGGAUUCACAAGGGGUGGACUACUUCGAGAAUGCUUGUCUCCAACCUGACAAAGUAUGCCGAGGACCCAAGAACUAUGGUUAUGCACCAGUCAAUCUGCCACAAGCUUCUUUAACUUACUAUAUUGAUCUCAAUUAUUAUUUGGACAAACAGAUAUUAGUCAACACUCGUCAAGAAUGUCUUCAGCAGUGUUCUCUGGAAAGAGAGUUCGUGUGCCGGUCAGUUCUUUUCCGUGCGGAACCGAGAACAAAAAAAGCCAUCUGUAAACUUUUCCACCUCGAUCACAUCAUGUUUCCCGAUGGAGCUGAAACUUUUGCAACACCCAAUCCUUUCCCCCUCUUGGACACUGGUGAUAGCACUGGAGUGUAUUUGGAGGCUAUCUGCGCAAAUGAUACAUCUUCAAAACGGAAUAAGCCUUCGAAGGGUACCAUCAAUUUGAGUAGUGCACAGCAACAAACUCCCCAGCUACCCACUAGUGUACCAUUUUAUCCAGAGAAUCAGGAUCCUUCCUGCGACGUAUACGGUGUCUGUUACGAUGUGUCCAUCCAAUGCACGGACUCUAAGAUCAUCGUGUUCGUGAAGACAAAUCGCCAUUUCCACGGCAGAGUAUAUGCUUUAGGUAGAAGUGAAACAUGCCACGCCAAUGUACUCAACAGCAAUCAAUUCAGGCUCGAUCUCUCUCUAAACGGACAAGACUGCAACACGCAAUCCAUGGGAGGUGUGUACACGAAUACAGUUGUUUUGCAACAUCACAAUGUCGUGAUGACAAGAACGGAUAAAGUGUAUAAUGUACGAUGCACAUAUGAAGUCACUUCUAGAAACAUAUCUUUUGGAAUGAUGCCAAUCAGGGAUCCAGAUACCAUGCAAGUGACAGCCUCUCCAGAAGCCCCCCUUCCCAAAAUAGUCAUCCUCGGAACGGAAGGAAGAGAAGCUUCCACAGUCAGGAUAGGAGAUAAACUUACCUUCAGGAUAGAAAUUCCUGACGGAACUCCAUACGGAAUAUUUGCUCGCAGCUGUGUGGCAAUGGCAAAAGAUGCAAGAAGUGUCUUUGAAGUGAUUGACGGCAGAGGCUGCCCAGUGGAUGCCAAUAUAUUUCCCCGAUUCCGUGAAAUAGGCAGUUCUUUGGAGAGCAGUUACGAAGCCUUCCGCUUCACCGAAUCCUACGGUGUGAUAUUCCAGUGUAACGUCAAAUAUUGCAUUGGAAAAUGUGAACCAGUAAAUUGUGGACACGGUAUGGAGAAGAGCACGUCUUGGGGUCGUCGAAAGAGGUCUCAGCCUAUUGAGAAGGACAACAGUGAAAUGACCCUAAGCCACGAAAUAUUGGUCUUGGAUUUUGGUGAUGAAGCAGUCAGCUCGAUGAGGGAUGUUAAUUCUGUUAAUGAGAGCACUCACUACAAAGAAUCAGUUUUAAUGCUGGAAACAUGUGCUUCGAAAACAUCUCUAAUGGCUUUGAGCGUCACGAGUGCUCUUCUUUUGGUAUUCUACAUCUGUACUGUGGCAUAUUUUGUGGCACACAAACGAGUCCGCAAGGAAUUUCGAUAAAGAAAACAAGCUUUCUGACUUUACUUCUUUCAUGGCUCUACUUUCCAAAGAAUAUGAGGUUCUUAUAAGAAGCAAAACUACUCUAAGACUCAUGAAACAAAAUUCAAUAUAUGCGUUAUACAUAACAUUUCGGACUAGCAACACCAGCAGAUAUAUUUCCUGAUUAAUUUAUUUUUCGUGAAGAUUUUAACGUUUCUCAAUCAUGCAUUUUAUCAUCAUAUAUUUAUUUCAUCUAUUACAUGUUUCAUCAUUUUUUUUUAUCAUGCAGACAUCUAUGUGUUUGUUAAGUUUUGCAUGUGCAAAACUUUAUUGGGUAUAGGAAAAGGAGGUGCCGGGUUUUGUACUGCAAACUUGUAAAUAUUUUAUGAGACGAAUUGGAAUGAACAUAUUUAUUUUUUAACAAAACUGUACAUAAGCCAAAAAUAAAAAAAGUAUAUUUGUAACUUUUGUUCUUAUUCAGAUUAAGAGUACACACACCAAGGCCACGUAAUUUUGAUG